CAAAGUCCAACCUCUCUAAAAUCAGGUAUCAGAUUUUCGCGAAAUAAACACAGAAUUGCAGAAACAAAUACCGGAGAGAGAGUAACACAUCACCGGAAGAGAUAGGGUUUCAAAUCCUCCCCCAAUCAUAGUUUCCCUUCUAUCAAUCUCCCAAUUCCACCGGGAGAUUGAUUGCUGCAGGCAACCACCUUUGGCUUUCCGGAGAAUAUCAUUCUCACUCUUCGCAGCUUCCCGGGAAAUUCCAGGGAAUUUAAUGGCGAUUGAAUCAUUUUUAUCCGGAACCAUAGGUUUUUAUCUGUAUUGUGGCAUGGAUGGGGAAAUUUAUUAAUACAUAUACGGGUGGAGGAGUUGGAGCUUUUGAAUUCUGAAUUUAUUGAGAAAUUUUAUCUAUAGUUGGGUUAAAAUUGUGAGUUUCUGGUGGUGAAGUUGCGUUGGGUGUGUAUUGACUGAUCCAUGGAGUCAGAUGAUUCAGGCCAAUCGAUGAGCCAUGUCCAAUGUUCUGACUGUGGGCGCAGCAGCUGUUCGAUGACGGGCACGGCUUUAUCCAAGCCGUGUCUCCGCUCUGUCAAGCGUAAGUAUGAUGAUGUCGAGGAUGAACACGAAUUCACUGUGCCGGGGCUUGUUGUGCCGCAAAAUGCCCGUGUGGAGGUAGAAAAUGAAUGCGUGGCACUGCGUGAAACAGUCUGCAGUCAGCAGGAGACUAUCCAGGACCUCAUUAUGGAAUUGGAUGAGGAGAGAAAUGCAUCCUCUUCAGCUGCAAAUGAGGCCAUGUCUAUGAUUCUGAGGCUGCAGAGAGAGAAGGCAGAGGUUCAAAUGGAGGCAAGGCAGUUUAAGAGGUUCGCGGAGGAGAAAAUGGCGCAUGAUCAGGAGGAGGUAUUGGCAUUGGAGGAUUUGUUGUAUAAGAGGGAAGAGAUCAUUCAGUCACUUACCAGUGAGAUUCAGGCCUUAAAACAAAAGUUGUUGAGUUUUGGGCUCACAGAGUCCGAAAUCGAUGGAUAUAAGGUUGUGGGCCAAAACACAAGCAUGAUAGAGAACCUGGAGGAACAAUAUGAGUUCUCUGCGUACGAGGUGUACCCAUCUCUCAAGUGCAAUAUACAUGAAUCCCAGGCUUAUCCAGAUGGCGAUGAGGAAAGUGUGGGCGUUGAGAAAUAUCCGUUUGGGGAAACACCACGCUCUCGGUAUGAGAUGAAGGAUUUUGAGUACAGGCUCAGUGAAUUUGAGCGAAGUCCUAAAACCAUUGAGCCUGAUAGGGAAUACUUUGGCACAAGGAACAUGCUUGAAAAGGUAAUUGUUGGUCCAUCUCCAAGACGACCUAAGCAUCUUAGGAAGUCAUCUACUGAUAGCUCAAAUUCACAAUUUGGGAUGGUUAAAGAAAUGAGUCAAGAUUUUGCCACAGAUUCCCCAAAAUUUGGUAGCAGUUUCAAGAAGACAACAUUCGGGCAAGUGGAUAGUGCAUCUGAAGCUGGAAGUGACAUAAAUGACAGAGUUUACACAAUAGAUUCCAUUCAUCAAGGAUCUGGUGUCAUGGAACGUAAGGCUUCAAUUGGAUCCGCAUAUGACGACUAUACAAAAAGUCCCCGGGACUCACUAGACCAUUCUGAUGUUACGGACCUAGAGAUGCAGAAGCUGUAUGCAAGGCUUCAGGCGCUUGAAGCUGAUAGAGAAUCAAUGAGGCAAGCUCUUAUCUCUGUUGGAACUGAUAAAGCACAACUGGUUUUGUUGAAAGAGAUAGCUGAGAACUUGUGCAAAGAAAUGGCACCAGCUAAAGCAAUGCCUAUCCAGAAGAAACCAGCAACGAAGAGUUUUAGCUUCAUUUCUUUAUUCAAGUGGGUCAUAUCUUUUCUUUUCUGGAGAAGGAAAGCACGCAGAAGCAGGUACAUGUUCGGGAAAUCUGCCAAGAAUGAAGGUUUGCUAAUGCUUUUAGACAAAGGACCUCGUAUCGGACAGCGCAGGUUUGUGUCGACAGUAAACCUGCGAAACUGAGACUGAUCAGUCUUUCUUCAAUCCCCUGUUUCCACACCCGUUUGGAUGCUGAGUGCUUUGAUGCUGCUUUUUUGGUGUUUCGAUUGUGCGUGAAGGUUGUUCUUGUGGAUUUGCUGCUAAGGGGAUUGAUUGGUCAUUAAUCACACGUCGUUGUGCAGUUUCGCUACUUCAAUUUGUGACAUAGCAUACAUCUCAUUUGUGGAUAUAGGAGAUGCACAUUCUUGUCUGUUGAUCAGCCAAUGUAAGAAUUGGGUUUGUGGAAAUGUAGUCCUUGAGUGUGCCUUUUAGAUAGUUCUCUGCUGUAUAUUACCACUCGUGCUUUCUAUUUUUUCCCCUUUACUUCACACUAUAAUGUUGAUUUGUUAUUUCUCUUGUA